AUGAUUGAGAAUUUGCAAUUUGAACUUAAAGUUGAACAAGCUAAAGUUGAUAAAAUUAGGAAAGAAUGGAGUAUAAAGAAAUAAGAUUAUGUAAAUCAAAUAUCAUAAUUAUCGAAAAGCAAUCAAUAAAAAUCAGAAGUACUGAGCAAAUUAGAAAAUGAACUCAAAGAUAUGAGGGAUAAAGUAUAAUACUUUUAUCAAAAUUACCAAAUUAAGGAUAAACAGUGCGGAGAACUGAAUAUAUUAAGUAAGGAAUGCAAAGCUGAUAAGUUCAAAAUUGAAGUAGAAUACGCAAGAGAAAAGGAAAGGUUUGCUAAAUUAGAAGAAGAAUAUGAUAUUCUCUAAUCUUCUAAUGAAUAGUUGUGUGACUAAAUAAGAUAGUAUUCUGAGCAAAUUUUAAAGAUAGAGAACUAAAAGUAGAUAGUAAUAAAUUAAAAGAAAAAAGAAUGGGAUAAACUUAGAGAUUUCUUAACUAUUAUCACAUCUGAAUCCACAAAAAAUAAUAAUGUCUAAUAAAAAGAAGCAACCAAGAAUAUAGUUAUCUUAGUUGGUAGGGCUAUAGAGUAAAUCUAUUAAUUAAGUCAAAAGAGAGUCCAGUAAGAUUUUGAUCUUAUGGAGUAAAGACUCAAGUUGACCCAAUAAAAUAUGCGGAAGUUGAAAAUGGAGUUCUAAAAGAUCAAUUCUGAGCGAGUAUUUUAUAAACAGAUCUAUAAGAAAAGGAUUGUUAAUGAGUCUACAAUUUAAGACUCUGUUUAAAAAUCUUAAAUAGUAGACAAGCUAACGAUGUCCCUCUCUUAGAGUUAACUUAGGCCAAUUCGAAACAAUUCCAUCUAAAAGAAAAAUCUCUACUAAGAGGUCUUAAUAAAGUAAAAUAAAGAUGUAUCUGAUAUUCUUGGCUUGGUAGAAGACAAAAGACAAGGUUUAAUCAAUCACUUAUAAAUUUCUCCUAUAAAAAUGUUUAACUUAGAAAAAGAAAUGUCGAAGAGAGACAAUAAUAUGAACUUUGAAGAUCUAAAUAAUAGUGAUAGUGAGAAUAAUUGCUAAGUUCUAAGCGAAAUUGAUACAUUUAGAUCAAAAGAUGUAGAUGUAGCACUAGAGAAAGCUCAACAGCUUAUGAAAUUUAAGCAUGAUAGGGAAUUUAUCAACAAAGUUCUCGAUGCUCAAAUUAGAGUUAAUGAAAUAGAGUAAAAUAUUCUGAAAAAUGCAACAUCCUUAUCAAAUUCAAAAAAAUCAGUUUCAAAGUCAUCAGCUAAGAAACCAAUCAAGGAUGCAAAGUAAACUAAGUAUGAUUAUGGAGCAAUGGCAGCAAGUAGACCUAUUAGGAAUUGA